UACAUAAGUACAUAUUGGAUUCAUUAGGGUUUCUGGGCUUCUUAAAGUUGUCAAGGAUAUUCGCGUUCGCAGCCGCUGUGUUUCCUAUUUCCUACGGGUAUAGCGAAGAACGAGUAGCGAGAAGAUGGAUUCUCAGGUGAAGCUUGCUGUUGUUGUGAAGGUGAUGGGGAGAACUGGUUCUAGAGGUCAGGUUACCCAAGUCCGGGUCAAAUUUAUGGACGAUCCAAAUCGAUUGAUCAUGAGAAAUGUCAAGGGUCCUGUAAGAGAGGGAGAUAUCCUUACCCUCCUUGAAUCUGAAAGAGAAGCCAGGAGGCUUCGUUGAUCCUUCUCCAUCUGUUUCUGCUUAUGUUUUGGCCAACCUUUUGUUUAAAUUUUGGUGAGUGUUGUCUCCCUGCUACUCUGCACUCAUAAAUAUUAAAUAUUUAUGCAUUAGAAAAGCUUAAAGCUAUGUUUGUUUUGGAUUAUGUGACAUAAAUUUCAUUUUAAGCUUUUCAGUACAUUCUGGAGUAUUUAUUCUUAAUUUCAGCAUCGGAAUUUGUUGGAUCUUAGCCAAUGGCUGGCUGAUUUUCCAAAUAUAAAUAUAUAAUGUUUGUUGUUUCAAA